UCUGAGUAACACGUGACAUGCGGAAGUGUCGCACACAUGUGUAUGCGUUUUCUGCCUGACCUUAAAAUAUUAAUCUUUGAGUAAAACAGAAAAUGAAUCGGUGAUGUUCUUAAUAAAUCUUUAUUUUCGAAUCUGAAAUGGAUCCCAACUUGCAGUACUGGCAGAACAAUGACAAGUCUUUUCUGAGCCGCCUUCGUCUGUGGUUCAAAAUCCUCGAUCCCAGUUUAGUGUUAUCAUCAGAGGCUGAAAUUCAACAAGCCCGCAUUCUGCUUCAAAAUGAAGGACAUCAACGUAAAAGUGACAAAGUUUCUGAUGCUUGGUUAAUAUCUCUUUCAUCUGUCCAUGCUGAUACUGGAUCUUUCAUUUCGCCAUUUUUCCGUCCACAAGUUUUUCUACCUAUAUCCGCUCCUUUGGUGGUUGCAAGUUUAAUACCCCACAAAGGUGUUAAACCUGCCUUGUUUUGGCAGUUUUUACUACACACUUACUGUGCAGGAUUCAAUCAUGCUAACAGAAAUGCAACAGCGACUGUGGAUAACAAAACAUCAUUCAAACAAUCUCUUCUUAUUACUGGAACAGUUGCUUAUUCAACGUGUGCAGGGGCUCUUCCUCAGAUUUUACUUAAGCGUUUUAGACUGAUCAGUGCUGUGACUGAGUCCUUCUCUAGAUCUGUGUUGCCCAUUCCACUCUCAGCUUGUCUAGCUGCAUUUAGUGUAAUGGUGGUGAGAAGUGAAGAAGCAGAAAAUGGAAUACGAGUGUUUGAUUCUAAGGGAAAUCCUGUCGGAGUCUCCAAAAAAGCUGGUUCAAAGGCUGUAAAGGAGACGACCCUCUCAAGAGCGACUCUCUUUGGCACCACUGCAACUGUUCCAAGUUUAUUGUUAGUUCUUCUCAAAAGGGCAAAGUUCGUCCAAAGAAACCCAAUGAUAAUCGCACCUGUUCGACACAUCACUACUGCCAUCGUUUUUGGUCUGAUGAUUCCUGUGUCCUUUAGUCUUUAUCCACAGCUUGGCAAGAUUAAGAAGGAGAAUUUAGAAGAGGAGUUUCAGUCGCAGGCCAGUACUGAUGAACUGUUUUACCACAGAGGACUAUGAUGUUGUCAAUUCAGAUCUACAGUGUGAUGUAUAUUGACACAGAUUGUGCUCACACAUAUGACAAUAAAAAUCAAUACUAAGCAAAUAAAUUUCAUAAUGAUUAUGGCCAUUAGAACAGUGUUACAUUUGAUGACAUUGUAUUGAUAUUUUUUGCUUUUAUAAGUAACACCACAGGAAGACAUAAGGUUAUGAUAAGUUUAUAUUCAUUUAAGAAAUUCACUUCAUCAUGCUAAAAUGACUGGAAUAUGGCAUUGCAAAUAGAAUAUAUGAAGUAAACUGAUAAAAUAGCAUUUUGGAAAGGAUUACAAAAAUGUAAUGCUAAGUUGUUCCAGACAUCAUAUUGCACACAUCAGUAUCUUGAUAUCCUGUGUUACUGAUGCUUAUACCAAGGUAUGUGUAGUUCUGAGUCUGUUCU